AUGGGAAUCAAGCCCUAUCAUCUCACGCACAAGGAUGGGAAGAAGAUCAGAGGAGAUAGGGCACACGCAGGGAAUCUCAUGCCUCUCCUUGAGCAGCUCCAAGCCUACAAGCUGGAGUUCAAGUGGACAAGAGAAGGUCUACUCCACCAGGUUGGAUGGACAUCAAGUUUUGCAAGACCAACCUCCUCAUUGAGCACAAGGAGUUGGAUGGGAGAUUCCAAUUCAAGUUCACCACCAUUGGCUGGACUCCUCCAAGCUUCUCUGCCCAACCCUGAGCUCACCACGGUCUAG